ACUUUGCUGCCUCGGUCGCCGCGGUCCCCGGGGAGCGGGCUCCAGCGCUCGCUCCCAUUGGCCGCCGCCGCGUCAGCUGGUGCGAUUUGCUGCUGUCGCUUUUGGCGUUCGGCCAUCCAGAAACAAACCAGUUCGAUGACUACUAAUAGUUAUAGCCAGAUGUACUAAUACACAACAAAUCACAGUCCUGCAGAGGGGCGCGCAAAUGAGUUCCUAUUUUGUGAAUCCCACUUUCCCCGGGAGCCUGCCCAGCGGCCAGGACUCCUUUUUGGGCCAGCUGCCCCUCUACCCGGCCGGCUAUGACGCGCUGAGGCCCUUCCCGGCCUCGUACGGGGCGUCGAGCCUCCCGGACAAGACGUACACCUCACCUUGUUUCUACCAACAGUCCAACUCGGUCCUGGCCUGCAACCGGGCGUCCUACGAGUACGGGGCCUCGUGCUUCUAUUCUGAUAAGGACCUCAGUGGCGCCUCGCCCUCGGGCAGUGGCAAGCAGAGGGGCCCCGGGGACUACCUGCACUUUUCUCCCGAGCAGCAGUACAAACCCGACAGCAGCAACGUGCCGGGCAAAGCCCUCCAUGACGAAGGCACCGACCGGAAGUACACGAGUCCUGUUUACCCCUGGAUGCAGCGGAUGAACUCCUGCGCGGGUGCUGUGUAUGGGAGUCACGGGCGCCGAGGCCGCCAGACCUAUACGCGCUACCAGACGCUGGAGCUGGAGAAGGAGUUCCACUUCAACCGCUACCUGACGCGGCGCCGCCGCAUCGAGAUCGCCAACGCGCUCUGCCUCACCGAGCGCCAGAUCAAGAUCUGGUUCCAGAACCGCCGCAUGAAGUGGAAAAAGGAAAAUAAACUCAUCAAUUCCACACAGCCCAGCGGGGAGGACGCUGAGGCAAAGGCGGGCGAGUAAACGCCUGGGCAGGGACCAGGCCAGCGCCGCAACCUCCCUCGGCUUUGCCCCCUUGCCUUCGCCUGCUCCCCAACUUUUCUCCCCCCGCCUGCUCCCAUCCGGGGGGCUUCUGCAGCUUCAGGGGAGAGGGAGCUUUGCAAACGCCUGAGCAUUUAUUUCUUACAAAAAAAAAAAAAAAUCUACACACAGCCAAUCCCAGCGGUGGAGCGAGGCGCACUGCACAUACAGCCCCGCUCUCCAAGGCUGCCCUAGUCGGCUCCGGGUCCCAUGGCGCGCCCCGAAUUCGUCCCCGGCUCCUGUGCCAGCGCCUUUGCGUGCCCCUGAGCUCGCGACGCGGGGUUGCUGGAGAGGAAAGAACCUGGGCCGAGCAUCUUUUGGUGUCUGGGCGUUUCCGCCUCGGUCCCUCGCCACCAAGUCGCGGAGGUCACCAGCGAAUCGACUCAGGCCACUGGAAAGAGGGGGCCUAAUAGCUGGGGCCCCAGCACUGCGGUGGCAUCCCAGGCCGCUCCUAGACAGGAAGAAGGGUGAGGAACAAAGGGGACCCUGAGACAGCCUAGUCUCUCGGCCCCGCGCGCAACCGUCCGUGGAAGAGAAGCAGCCUCAGUCGAGCCGACCUAACCUGGGCGCGAGCGGAACUUUACAGCCUCCGGAGAGACUGGGCUCCCGAAGGCUCCAGCUCUGGAGCCAGCUCCGGAUCCCCGCCUCCGAUAGUGCCUGCGCUUCUAUCACAGUGGCUUUCAGGACCUAAGGAGGCGGCUCAGGACCCUGGGAACGGCAAGAGUCCUGGUUUCCAAAUGUGCCAAGGGUGCCUGCGACGCUCAGCCUCCAGCGGGAAGUACCCCCCAGGCCUUUCGGCUGUGUUUGUGAUUUACUUUCGUCUUUCAGGACCCAGGAAAAUAUCUACGAAGAUACUAGGCACUGCCACGAAAUGUUUCCAUUAGCACCCUCAUCUUACUCCUGGAGGUGUAAGCCAGACCCUAAUAAUUCGGCCCAAGGAUCCCCAGCCUCCCAGCAGCUCCUGUGGCUGCGGGGAGUCCGGGCCCACUCGGCGGGUUCAGCGAGAACCCUCCGACUUGGGGCCCGGCUGCCUGGAGGAAAGGGACCUGGUGGGGAAGAUUCUCCAGAUUGGAUACUUAAAGCAAAUCAAAUAGCGAACUAAUGACACGAAAACUAUAUUUACACGAAAGAAAAAUCGACUCCGGUUAUAAAAGUGUAUGGAAUUUGACCUCGCCUCGGAGAAACACUACACAAAAGCUAUCUUUAAUAGACGCCUGUCAUUUAAGAGCGGCAGGGACGCUGUCCCUCAUGCACUCACAGAAAAACAGAGCCGUAAUUGUAGCUGCUGCUGCGGGCAGGAUUUAUUUCUCCAAUUGGCUAAAUGGCCUCCCCCCCUUCCCCGAAGGUGAUAUCUGUAUUUUCAAAUUUCAGAGCUGCCGGCACGACGGGCAGAACCGACCCCAACCUCGACACAAAAAUAAGAGGGGCUGCACAGCGGGGAAAUAAAGUUGUUGUAAAUAAAA